UCGGAGCCCGCGUGGGCUGCAGCGCUCGGUGCCAAACCCGCCAUCGCCUGCUUGUCGCAGGGGGGGAAGGGAUCCCGGGGGGGGGGCACACGCACACGUACACGGCGACAAGACACCCCCGGGACGGCCGGUGGGGUCCCCGCGGCGUGCCGGGCUCCCGGCCCCCCGGGGGGCUCCGAGCCCCGCGGCGGCACCGGGCGGGACACGGGGGUCCCCGGGGGAACGCGUGCGGCCGUGGGUGUGUGCGGGCGGGCACGGGGCUCUGCCGAGGCUCCACUGAGCCCCCCCCCUGCACGGGGACCCCCCUCCCGGCCGGGGCCAUGCUGGGGGGUCCGGAGCGGGGCGCGGGGCGCCUGCGGAUCUGCGAGCGGACCAAGCUGGUGCUGGUGGAGAUCGACACGGUGGCGUGUUGCAGCUCGGGCGCAGGCAUGGCUGCGGGGUGCCGGCCAGAGCCCCCCUGGACCUACCGCCGCAUCGCCGGGGAGUACGCGUACCUGGAGAAGCGCUUCGUGGCCGAGCUGGCCCCCCCCCUGGCCCCCCGUGCCCCCCAGUUCCUCCCGACGCCUGCAGGACUUCGCCCCCCGGCCCCGGGUGCCCCCCACCCCCUGCCCCCCACGACAGCCCGAGGGGACGGGGGGCAGCGGACCCUGGGGGGGGAACCCACCGCCCACGCCCCGGCCUCCGGUGCCGGUGGGCAAGUUGUGCCCCCCCACCUACGAGGUGCACAUGCAGCGGGGGCCGGCACCCCCCGGCACUGCCAGACGCUGCCGCGGGCGGCGGCCGGCCGGGAGCGGGUGCCGGGGCGCGGGAGGGGGCGGCGGGGGUCGGGGGGACACGUCCUCAUCGACGCCACCCGCGUGGUGGUCCGGGCGCAGUACGUGCCCCCCCCGCAGCGCCAGCAGGUCCGCUACACUGGGGGGUCCCCGGCGCCCACCAGCCCUCCCCGCAGCCCUCCUGCGCCCCCCGGGGCUCUCACCCCCCCCGCAGCGCCCUCGCCCCCCCGGGAGCCCACCGGGAGCCCUCACAGUCCGUGGCGGAGCCCAGGGGGCUGUGGGGGUCCCCGGGGGCGGCCCCCCCCGCGGCGGCCGGUGCUGUACGCCCAGGCCCUGCGCGAGGCCGUGUCCCGCAUCCGCCGGCACACGGCGCCCGACUCCGACUCGGAGGCCGAGGGGAGCGUGGGGGGGUCCCGGCGGCGGCUCUGCCGAGACCCCCAUGCCUACAGCAGCAGCAGCAGCAGCCUGGAGAGCACCGGGGCCCCCCCGGGCCCCACCAGCCCCACCCGAGCCUGAGGGGCUGGGCUUGGUGGGGUGUGGCACCUCGGGGGCGGGGCUUGGCUGGGUGUGUCCAUGGGAGGUGUGGCUUGGCAGGGUGUGGUCCUGGGGGCGGGGCUCAGGGCUGGAUCUCCCGCAAGCUGACCCCAAUAAAGGCUGUGGGAUCCCCA